AACUUCCUUCUCAUCCUCAUCUACGCAACCCAUGAAUGCCUCUUUAACAAACAAACAAAUCAAUUUCGAUUUGGAUCAAUUGGUGUUUCAUUAGUCCAGUACCCCCAUUUUUUCCUACAUAGUUUUGACUUGAAACAUCUUACCUCUCCAGAUUUGCUCUUUUGAAGUUUUGAUACUUUUCCAUUGCCGACUUGCCAAGAUUUGUCGAUUCUGGGGGCUACUUCUCCUUCUUUAGCAUGUCUUUCUCUUUUCUAGAACUAGAUCUGUGAAGGUCAUUGUUAGCUUUAUAUUUUCUGGCAUCGUAUCUUUGAACCACAUAGACGACAUUCUAAAGCAAGAGAGCAAGUCAAUGGAGAUAAUAGAGGAGAAGAUGAAGUAGAAGGAAGAGGAACGAAAAGAUGGAUUUUAGCCAUCGACGAGGUAGAUGACUUUUAGCCGUUGACGGAGAAGAUGAGUUCUGGCACCAGCACCGAUGUGCCUAACAGAUUUAUGGCGUCGGACUAGAUUGAAAAGGGAGAGAAGAUGGGUAAAAUAUGUAAAAUACAAUCUUAUCUCACCUAAUCCAAUGGGGGAGGUAGCUGUGGACAUUGAUAUUCAGUCGUCUCCUGAAGAACCUGAACCAUCUGUUAUCAGAGAAGAAAUGAGAAUUAAAGAACAAGAGCUAAGAGAUCAAGCUCGUAAAAAGAAAGAAGAAGAAGAAAAGAAAAGGGAAAGAGAAAGGGAGAAGGAAAGAAUUCGAGCAGGCAAGGAACUUCUUCAAGCAAAGCGAAUUGCAGAGGAAAAUGAAAGAAAAAGUUAUUUAGCCGUGCAAAAGGCAGCGAAAGAAGAAGAGAAAAGAGCAAGGGAAAAAAUCCUUCAGAAACUAGAAGCAGAUAAGUUAGAAAGGGGGAGGAACCUCGGGUUGCCACCAGUUAAGAAGAACCCUACUGCUGAAAAUACUUCUGCACCAAAUGUACAGGAAAAACAGGAGAAAAAGAAGCCUUUACCUGCUGUGCCUUAUGCAAAGGCUGAGCUUUUGGGAGAAUGUUUGAGGUCUCUAAGGCGCAAUUACAAGGAUUAUGAUGCCAAAGUUCAAAGAGCCUUCCACCUGCUUCUGUUUUAUGUUAAAAACGUUGUAAAUAAUCCUCAUGAGGAGAAGUACAGGAGGAUUCGACUCAGUAAUCCAUAUUUCAAUGAAUGGAUUGGGGCCUUGAAAGGUGGUGUUGAGUUUCUCGAGCUUUGUGGGUUUGAGAGGAGCAAAGGGAAUGAGUUCUUGGUUCUUCCUUAUGAGAAAACUGACGUGGCAAUACUAAACUCUGCUCUUACUGUAUUAGUACUUGCAAUAACAACUCCCUUCUUUGGGCGUUUCUCACAUCCAAGAGAAGAUUAGGUAUGAGAGUACAAGGUUAAUAAAUGACAUGAGUUGAAACUUGGAUGUGAAUGUUUCAUGGAAGUAGUCGAAGUGUUCACACAGAAGUCCUAAGAAUGUAAGGACUCAUCAAAGUUACUAAGAGUUUAAGUGUUGUAAAUAAUGUAUCCAUUGACAU